AUCCAGCUGAUCGUACUCCUGUCACCGAACUUGAAGAAGAGGAGGAAUCGAAAUGAUGCUGACGAAGCCGCUGAUGAUUUUCCUGCUGCUCGUCAACGUGCAGCUCCGCGAGACUCGCGGUUACGUGAGGCUGGUCGAGCCCUCGAGCAGAAGUAGGAUCUGGAUGAAGAACUUUCCGGAAGAGACGAAGUCAGACGAGGCCGACUUAAACUGCGGUGGGCCAAACGCACAAUACGACAAGAACUACGGCAAGUGCGGCGAGUGCGGCGACGAUUACUCCUUGGCCCGGCCGCGGCCAAACGAGAACGGAGGCACCUACGGCAAAGGAAUGAUCAGUCGUGCGUACAUUGCAGCUUCCGUCAUCGGCGUGGUCAUUGACAUCUUAGGCUACCACCAAGGUCACUUCGAUUUCGACGUCUGUCCGUUGAGCACGGACGAACAACUGGAAACCAACGUGUGCUUCUACAAGCAUCAUCUGACGUUGGCUGACAGUAGCAACCACGUCUUGAACUUCACCAGCACGCAGUGGAGGACGUCGAUCUAUGUCAGGCUGCAAUUGCCGCAAAAUCUCACGUGCAAACAUUGCGUCUUCAGGAUGCACUUUCGAAGCAAGGACAGCGACCUCGACGACAACGAGCUCGUGAUGAACAACCUGUUCGGUCUGUCACCGACUUGGAGAAAUUGCGCUGACAUCGCUAUCUUAAAAGCCAUUUCAACCGACAGAGGGAAUCUGCUCCGACGACUUCAACUGGACCAGUAUGAGAGCGAGCAGUCGAAUUCAACAUCUGAUAAGACAAUUGAUAAGCAGCGAUCGUCAACUCGAUGCGGAGCGUGCAGGGGGCAGGCUUAUCGGAAAAUGCGCGGCUAUAUAAAGAAAAUGAAGGCGACACUCUCAUGUUACAUCACGGAGCUCUACCUCGUUUCCGUCGACCGAAGAAAAACGCGGAGAAACGGAAUGGCGUUCGCGAAAGUAUUGGUCCUCGCGCUGGUGGCCAUCAUUCAUUUGCAGGAGAUUCACGGCCAUGGGAUGAUGUUGGAGCCCAUAAACAGAAGCAGCGCCUGGAGGAAGGGUUACCCAGUAGAGCCCAACUACACCGACAACGAGCACUUCUGCGGCGGACGCACUGUUCAACACGUAAACAACAAUGGCAAUUGUGGAGAAUGCGGUGACAAUUGGGUCCUACCUCGACCACGGCCGAAUGAAAAUGGGGGCUUGUACGGAACCGGUCUCAUUACGCAAAAAUAUAAGGAGGGUGACGUCAUCACUAUAACUAUCAACCUCUCAGCCAGCCACUAUGGUACCUUCGAAUUCAGUAUCUGCCCGUUGAAAAACACGAAAGAACUGGAAACCGACGAGUGCUUCGAGCGGUAUCCUCUGCCGUUGGCCGACGGUAGCGGCUACAAAUUUCCUGUCCCGAAAGAAAACAAGAAAUACUAUAUCAAAGUGGUCCUGCCGAAGGGUGUCACGUGCGAGCACUGCGUGCUCAGGUGGCACUACCGCGCCGGAAAUACCUGGGGAAUAUGUCCGAACGGAAGAGGAGCAAUGGGCUGCGGUCCUCAGGAGACUUUCAGAAGUUGCGCUGACAUCUCCAUCGUCUCGAAGGACCGUUGGUCGUCGGAUAUGACCAUUCCAAUAGUGCCCAUCGAGGUGGUCGACAAUCGCGUGUAUUACGAUUAAUGAGGAAAACGAGUAAUCUCGCGAGCGAGUAAAAACGCGAGCCUCAUCACAAUGUUUCAUUUGACGAGGAAGUUUUCCACUGCUUACACCCAAGACUCGACCGCGGACAAACGAGGAAAUGUGACAACGGCAAAUAUUUCUGGAGCAUGACGAAUUAAACACCGGAAAGCCGAUGGGACGUGAAUCAGAUUUGCGAGUCUGAUUCGGUGCCUGCGGGCAUUUCGAAAGAAAUUGGACGCUGCAUUCGAAUCCGCUGCCAUCCAAAGGCUGCGCCUCAUGAGGCUGGUUAUUGGAAAAAAUAUACAUUGUUCGACCUCUGUUUGGA